AUACAACACACACAAGUCCGAGUAUUACGCCAAAAGUGUAUAUCGUGACUCAGUAGGUUUUCAAAUGACAGCCGGCGUAUCAAAUGACAUCACGUAGUCGUUGCACAGCACAGCUGUGUGGGCCUUUUGUUUCCUCGUCGCGCGGCUGUGAGGACGCGCCUUUUCCUAUAUCAUGGUAAACGCUAAAAUAGACUUCGCUGAUCAUCCGUAAACAAUGCAAAGCACACGUAAUGUAUAUUUAACCUCACUACUUUGUUAUUGAGAAGAUCACCGCGAGAGGAUGGUGUCUUUUCCCUCUUCUACCACUACGUUGGACCACCUCCUCAUGUCGUCACAUCUCAGAGCUACAAAAGCUAUAUGGAGGUAUUAGUCGAAGCUGAAACCGGGCAAGAAUAACAGGCGGUGUAAGGGAAGGCCACAAGCUGGCGAAAUCCAACAGAAAUGAAGGCCUUCAAUUCCAUUUAUCGCUCGGUUAACAGCGUAUGUAGCCGGCAAGGCGAUAGAGCGAGCGCGCUGGCCCGAUGCGGUUUCUGCGGCUCGGCAACGUCAAACAGCAAGUUCCAGCCAGACUUUGGCUUGCUGUUUGACAUUGAUGGCGUCCUGGUGCGGGGGAAGACCCCCAUCCCGGCCGCCAAGAGGGCCUUCCAGAAGCUGGUGGAUGCCAGUGGCCAGUUUAUCGUCCCCGUCGUGUUUGUCACCAACGCGGGGAACUGCCUGCGCCAGAAGAAGGCCGACCAGUUGUCCCAUAUUUUGGGAGUGCCUAUCUCCCAAGACCAAGUCAUGAUGUCCCACAGUCCUCUGAGAAUGUUCAGCAAGUACCAUGACAAGUGUGUCCUUGUGUCUGGUCAAGGCCCAGUGUUGGACAUUGCCAAGAACCUGGGCUUCAUGAACGUGGUGACCAUCGACAUGUUGCGGGAGACCUUUCCUCUGCUGGACAUGGUGGACCACAACCGUCGCCCGCGCCUACCGUCCUCCCCCAUUGUAAACCUCCCAAAAGUUGAAGCUGUUAUUCUCUUUGGGGAGCCAAUCAGAUGGGAGACUAACCUGCAGCUGAUAGUGGAUGUGCUCCUGACCAAUGGGAGUCUAGGAAGCUCCUACAUUAACUCCACGGCCAAUCACCUUCCUCUGCUGGCCUGCAAUAUGGACCUCAUGUGGAUGGCCGAAGCACCGUCCCCACGCUUUGGCCAUGGCACGUUCCUGGUGUGUCUGGAGCACAUCUACAAGAAGGUGACGGGCAUGGAGCUGAAGUACGAGGCGCUGAUGGGCAAGCCCAGCGAGCUCACCUACCACUUCGCCGAGUACCUGAUCCGGGAGCAGGCAGCCGAGCGAGGCUGGAGGGCCCCCAUUCGCUCCCUCUACGCCAUUGGGGACAACCUCAUGACCGACAUCUACGGUGCUAACCUCUACAACCGCUACCUCGAGGAACGGGCCAGCAGCAGCACCAAAGCCGUGGCCAAGGCUGCCGCUGUGGCAGGGGCCGGGGGGGCAGGAGGUACAGGGCUCCGCGCCAGCCCCUCCACUACCACCACCACUGGCACCACCACCACCACCAGCAGCAGCAGCACCACGGGCACCACCAGUGCCAGGGUGUCCCAGGAAGUGGACUGCGGCUGGGAGAGCGAGCUGGCGGCGCCCUCGGCCACCUCCUGCAAGUCCAUCCUGGUGUGCACGGGCGUCUACAACCCGCGCACCGAGAUCCCGCCGGACGCGGGCCACGCCACCAUCAAGGAGACGGUGUUCCACGGCCACCGCGACUUCCGCUUCGACCCGGGCCUGGUGGAGCCGGGGCACAUCGUGCAGGACGUGGAGGACGCCGUGGAGCUUAUCUUCCAGCAGGAGAAGAUGCUGGGGACCCCCGUCUAG